AGGAAAAACCACUGCCGACAAUUGGAGAGACAAGCAGUCAACCGCGCCCCUGUCCUUGUACCCUCACUAUCCGCAGCCGUUUUUUUCGCGCCGACUGUCCCGAAAUCUUGAAGGCUCGGACGGAGCGGAGCAACUUGCACGACAUCUCCCGCGAUGCCAUGGUACCCCCUGGCUUGCUACACCCAACACCAGAUUUGUCAGUAGUCUGGUAUCGAUGCCCAAGUACUAGUUGGUGCUUUUUGGGACUCCUCCGCCGUCGAAACCCACAAACGCCUUCCUUCCUUCUGUCAACAUGGGCGGAUACCUGUCUCCUCGCCCGUGGUCCCGUACGAUCCGAGGUAUUUUCCCUCUUUUAGUCGGUCUCCUCGGACUACAAGCCUUCAGCGCCCGCGGGUUCUUCUCAUGCACGACAUGUACCAGCCAAUUCAGGCGUUGGCCGCCAUUCCCUGCCUUCUCAUUUGUGGAUCAUCUCCAUCUUCUAGAUGGAGAUCUCCUAGAGAGAGAGAGAGAGAGAGAGAGAGAGAGAGAGAGAGAGAGAGAGAGAGACCGGUUGAAGGGGCUAGUAGGCGUGGAAUUGGACAUCACGAAGACACGAAUUUGAUCAGGACCUCGGAGAAACCGUCGGCCUUGGACACAAUGGCCUUGAAGAUCUUUCCCGGAACGUCUCCAGGCUGAUUGCCAUAUUUUGAUGAGACCCGGUGGGGGUUCCAACCGCCGACAAGUCAUGUCCCGCACAUCGGCAUCCAUCAUGCACCCGUGAAGCGAGGCUCUUCACAUGGGAUGAUCUGAUGCACCCAAUAUGUUUGUUAGACACAGGGCUGCCUACCAUGCUGAAAAUGAUUGAUAGGGGCAGCAAGGUUGUUCCACAUCCAUGUAACCCCACGG